AUGGGCGAGCUCGACGACUUCAUGGACCAGGCAGGGGGCCGUCCGUCUGCUUCGGACACUCCAUCUGUUACAGAUCCCUCCGCGACCGAAAACACCAAGAAGCGCAAGAACGUGAAGGAGCCCGAGACCAACAAGAAGCCCAAGGUUAUGGAGAACAAGGCUAUUUGGAUCUCCAACCUGCCUCUUGAUACCACGAAGAAGGAGCUCGAGGACGAAUGCUCGAGGUACGGCAUCAUUGACAAGGGCGCCAACGGCGAGCCGCGCAUCUACAUGUACGAAACCGACGGCGUCUUCAAUGGUACUGCCAUGGUUGUAUACUUCAAGAAAGAGGCUAUUGCCAAUGCGAUCAGGCUGAUGGACGACUUCCCUCUCCGCCCAGGCGAUAACUCCAACGGCAACAUCCACGUCGAGGCAGCUAAGAUUGAGCACAAGAAAGAGAGAGACGGCGAGAAGAUCGCAUCCAAGCUUACGCGCAAGGAUAGGAAAGCGUCUGAGCGCAAUCGCGCUGAGCUAAACCAGAAGCUCAACGAGUGGUCCGACAACGAAGAUUACGUCGCCGAGACCUUGGCGCCCAAAAAGAACAAAUGGGCUAAAGUCGUCAUCAUCAGGAACAUCUUUGAUUUGGAACAGCUCGAAGAGGACGCGGGCGCAUAUCUGGAGAUCAAGGAGGACAUGCGCGAGGCAGCGGAGCAGUACGGUGAGGUCACCAACUGCACUCUAUACGACAGGGAGCCCGAGGGCGUCGUCACAGUCCGCUUCCGCGAGUUCGAGCCUGCUGAGAAUUUCGUUGCUGGCUUCCAGGGCAGGAGAUAUAACCACCGCGGUCUCCAACUUUCGCUCGCAGAAGACAAGCCCAAGUUCAAGAAGUCUGGCCGUUCCGAUACACCAGACAGUGACGAUGAGGCUCCAGCGACGGCGGCCAAAGCCAAAGCCUAA